UCUUUCGAAAGUGCGAUCACCACAUCAUCAUGAACGAUUUUCCUUUGUACUGUCAAGACAUUGGCGAUCCCACCAAACCGGGCCUGGACUGUUGCUAUCCGGAUAAUCCAUCUUCUUCUGCGUGUCAGGCCGCAUUUGACAGCCAGGCGAAAACCUUUGGACCAAAUGUAUGUUCAAGCGGCAACUGCCUGGAGGACUGUUCCAACGUCUCCACUAUCUAUCAGUCGAUUCUUGAGAUUGAUGGCUUCAGCGGCAACGGAUAUGGACCUAAACGACGCUUUGCUACAUGCGUAAACGUGCCUGCUAUGGCUGGAUAUUUAUCUCAGAGUAGCUUGCCGUCAAAUAUCACAUCCGCAAUCGGCAGUAAUAUAUCCCCUCGAGCUGCUGAGAGUCAACUCAGACGAGUCACGAGUGCGGUCACGGAAUGUUUGACUAUGACUUGUCGCAAUGCAAGGAGUGCAGAGAAGUGUAGACAAGACUGCUCAGCUGUGAAUAUGCUGCACAAUAGUACACAACCAAAUCUGCAGGGGGUUGAUCAAUGCUUGACCUCGCUGUGUAGUACGCAGUAUGAUUCUCUCCCAUUUGCAGAUGCCGAUGUUGUGGGGAUCGGGGUUUUUACAUCCUACAUCAUGCAAUGCAUGCUCGUUGUUGUCAUAUGGUUCGCUUUGUCGACCUUCACAGUCUUUAAUCGUAAAGGACGAGAACGCCACCCUCCUCCUUUGGCAGUGGAAGGUGAGGCGGACAACAGCAAAUCAGCGCCCAGGAAACAUUACUCUUCUUCUAAGGAGGAAAAAACACACCAAGAAGUUCUCGAGUCGUUUCUUCUACAGUUCCACAAGGCUCAGUGCUACUUCAGUGCCACCAUUCAAAUCGCCUCACUUAGUUAUAACAUCUUCAACACAAAUCUACUGAUGACGUUCAUGCUCACACCGCUUGCGACCAACGGAGUUCUCCCAGUAGUAUUCGCAUAUAUGAUAUUGAUCCACUGCAAAAAGGCUACUCCAGACGUAACCUUGUUGACCAUUACCUGUUGGCUUCUAUCUUCCAUCGUCUUCUGGACUUUGUAUCACGGCAUCACUCCCAUCAACAACGAAAUCCAGUCUGAAAUAAAACGAUAUCGCGCAUACCAGCAAUUCAUGUACAAAUUGUCCGCGAUUGACGAGUGUGGUGGGUUUUCCGGGCUUGCGGUGUGUCCGGAGAACAACGUUCUAGGACGGGAAGACAUCACGGCGGCGUCGCGGAAACUUAGGGCUCUAACACCCAUCAUCUGGAGCUUCGCAACGGCUUGUCUUUUGGGCAUGCUCGCGCCAAAAUGUUUCACACGAAGAAAUUCCCUCGAAAAAAAGGAAAGAAGAAACAGGGGAGAGAACAGAAAAGUAGAAAUACCACUGUCUGGAAAGGGACCGCAUUACAAUAUUCUCUUCCUUGGUUCUCUCAGUUUAGGUGCAAUUCUGUACGUCGUUCUCAGCCUACUUUUUCUCGCUGGUGUAGGAAUGCAACUUUCGCUUCUAUCCAUCGGCACCUCCCUGAACAUGAUGGAUCGUACGGAUUGGGGCUUUGGACAAGUUGUUGCCAUUAGCGUUUGGAUUCCGCCACUGUUGGGAUAUCUGUACGAGGAAAUGAGCCACUACUUUGGAUUUGAUCAAAAUUGA